AUGUAUAUGAGGCGGAGGAUUGGAAGCUGUCCUCCUGAAGUGGAAACGACGAAGAGGAGAAUUCGCAAAGACGCAACAGUUGCGUCGGUAAGGAUGUUUUCCGGCAAGAAGCAGAGGGCACCGCCACCUAGGAUGCCUUUCGGCGAAGUGGAGAACGACGUGAGCAGCGUUGACUUUCGAAAUUACCGAGUUCAGUUCCCCAUGACUCCGGACAACGGGCCCCUAUCAGUCUCCAUGGAGCCAAUCCACCCGUUGGUCUCUUCCAAGAUUGAGGAGCACUACGUCUCGAGCUCGCUCUUCACCGGAGGCUUCAACAGCGUCACACGCGCCCACCUCAUGGACAAGAGAACCGAUUCGGACACUGCCGCCGCCGACGGCGCAGCCAAGUCGUCAACUUGCUCCGUCGAAGGCUGCGACGGCAAGUUGAUGUACGACGAGCGUGGUGAGGAGCUUCUCCCCUGCGAAUGCGAGUACAAGAUUUGCCGCGAGUGCUUCGACGACGCGGUGAAGAACGGAGGGAGUAUGUGUCCCGGAUGCAAGGAGCCAUACAAGGCGACGGAUUUAGCUGAGGUGGCGAGGAUCGCGAGGGAGAAGAAGGGGAUCGCCGUGCGUCGGUUGCCUGCGCCUCCGCCAAAGGAUGAGGCGACGACUGAUAGGAGGCUGUCGGUGAUAAGAUCAGCAAAAAGUUCGGACUUUGAUCAUAAUCGGUGGCUAUUUGAGACGAAGGGGACAUACGGGUAUGGGAAUGCAAUUUGGCCGGAGGAAGCUGUCGUAAGCGACGAAAGCAGCGGCGGGGGAGGUGGCGGUGAUGAAGGCGGCUCGGAGAGAGCGCCGGCCAAGGAGCUCUGGAAUAAGGCGUGGCGGCCUCUAACUAGAAAGCUUAGAAUUCCAGCUGCCAUUCUUAGUCCUUACCGGCUGUUAAUCUUAGUUCGCAUGGGGGUCCUCGGCCUGUUCCUCACAUGGCGCAUCACCCACAAGAAUCACGACGCUAUCUGGCUAUGGGGUAUGUCCGUCGUCUGCGAGAUAUGGUUCGCCUUCUCAUGGCUUCUAGACCAGCUCCCUAAGCUCUCCCCUGUGAACCGUGUCACAGACCUCAAAGUCCUCAAGGAAAAAUUCGAAACCCCCUCCCCUACCAACCCCACCGGAAAAUCCGAUCUCCCCGGACUCGACGUCUUCGUCUCCACCGCCGACCCUGAAAAAGAACCUCCUCUUGUCACCGCAAACACCAUCCUCUCCAUCCUCGCCGCCGACUACCCUAUCGAAAAGCUCGCUUGCUACCUCUCUGACGACGGCGGCGCGCUUCUCACCUUCGAGGCCAUGGCUGAGGCCGCAUCCUUCGCCGCAGUGUGGGUUCCGUUCUGUCGCAAGCACGCGAUCGAGCCACGCAAUCCGGAGAGCUAUUUCGGGCUGAAGCGGGACCCGUACAAGAAUAAGGUUCGGGCCGAUUUUGUGCGUGAUCGCCGGCGGAUUAAGAGAGAGUAUGAUGAGUUUAAGGUUCGGAUUAACGCUCUUCCUGAAGCCAUACGGCGGCGUUCUGAUGCUUUCCAUGCACGCGAGGAGUUGAAGGCCGCGAGGUUGCAAAGACAGGAAGCUACGGCGGCGGCGGUCGCCGGCGAUGAAGCACUACUCGAGCCUAUUAAGAUACCGAAGGCAACUUGGAUGGCUGAUGGCACUCACUGGCCUGGCACUUGGAUUCACUCUGCCUCUGAUCACUCCCGUGGCGACCACGCCGGCAUCAUUCAGGUGAUGUUGAAACCCCCCGCAGAAGAACCCAUCUUCGGCACCAGCGCCGACGACACCAGCAGCAACACUGAAGACGACGGCGGCGGCGGCCCCAUCACCACCGUCCUCGACCUCAGCGAGGUGGACAUUCGUCUCCCAAUGCUUGUGUACAUGUCCCGCGAAAAACGGCCAGGGUACGACCACAAUAAAAAGGCCGGCGCCAUGAACGCCCUCGUCCGCGCCUCCGCUGUCUUGUCCAACGGCCCUUUUAUGCUGAACCUCGACUGCGACCACUACAUCUACAACUCUCAAGCCCUCCGCGAAGGCAUGUGUUUCAUGAUGGACCGCGGCGGCGACCGCAUCUGCUACGUACAAUUCCCCCAACGCUUCGAAGGCAUCGAUCCCUCCGACCGUUACGCCAACCACAAUACCGUCUUCUUCGACGUCAACAUGCGAGCACUCGACGGCCUGCAGGGGCCAGUCUACGUCGGCACCGGAUGUCUCUUCCGCCGCAUCGCCCUCUACGGCUUCGACCCGCCGCGGGCAACGCUGGGCUCGGCUAGAGGAUGCUGCAGCUGCUGCUUCCCCCGCCGGCACGGCGUCAGCCAUCGCGAGCACGACGUGGAGACGCACGCGCUACGAAUGGAGGAUGAUGAUGGAAUGAACCUAUAUUCGUUUCCGAGGAAGUUUGGGAACUCGAGUUAUUUGAUUGAUUCGAUUGCAGUGGCGGAGUUUCAAGGGAGGCCGUUGGCUGAUCAUCCGUCGGUGAAGAAUGGGAGGCCGCCGGGUGCGUUGAUUAUGCCGCGGGAACCGCUGGAUGCAUCGGCGGUGGCGGAGGCGGUGAGCGUGGUGUCGUGUUGGUAUGAGGAUAAGACGGAGUGGGGGACACGGGUGGGGUGGAUUUAUGGGUCGGUGACGGAGGAUGUGGUGACGGGAUACAGGAUGCAUAAUAGAGGGUGGCGGUCGAUUUACUGUGUGACGAAGCGCGACGCCUUCCGGGGGACGGCGCCUAUUAAUCUGACGGAUCGCCUCCACCAGGUGCUGCGUUGGGCAACCGGGUCCGUAGAGAUCUUCUUCUCCCGCAACAACGCUCUGUUCGCCGGUCCUAAGUUGAAAUUUCUGCAGCGUAUGGCGUACCUCAACGUCGGCAUCUAUCCCUUCACCUCCAUCUUCCUCAUUGUCUACUGCUUCCUCCCGGCUCUUUCCCUCUUCUCCGGCCAAUUCAUCGUGCAAACUCUCAACGUCAGUUUCCUGGCCUAUCUCCUCAUCAUUACUUGCACGCUCGUCCUCCUCGCCGUUCUCGAGAUAAAGUGGUCCGGCAUCCAGCUCGAAGAGUGGUGGCGCAACGAGCAGUUUUGGCUAAUCGGCGGCACCUCCGCUCAUCUUGCCGCCGUUAUCCAAGGCCUCCUUAAAGUCAUCGCCGGCAUCGAGAUCUCCUUCACUCUCACCUCCAAAUCCGCCGGCGACGAUGAAGAUGACGAUUUCGCUGAUCUCUACAUUGUGAAAUGGACCUCUCUCAUGAUCCCGCCCCUUACAAUCAUCUUUGUCAACCUUAUUGCCAUUGCCGUGGGGGUAAGCCGGACAAUUUAUGCGACAAUCCCACAGUGGAGCAAGCUGCUUGGGGGUGUUUUCUUUAGCUUCUGGGUGCUUGCUCAUAUGUAUCCGUUUGUGAAAGGAUUGAUGGGGAGGAGGAGAAGGACGCCCACCAUUAUUUAUGUGUGGGCGGGGCUUCUCGCCAUCACGAUUUCGUUGCUGUGGAUUGCAAUCAAUCCUCCUUCGUCGGCAAGUUCACAGAUUGGUGGCUCCUUCUCGUUUCCUUAGCUAAUCUGUGCAUGAUAUCUCUCCCUCAGCGCCUAUCGUGCUUUUUACCCGCAUGAAUGUUCAUAAAAUGAAUUGCGCGCUAGCCGUUUGUUCUUUUGCUUGUGAAGAAAUGUUAGUCGAACAACAAAUUGAUGUUGUUGAGAAAGUGUAAAAGAAACUGUUGCAAUCAUUGUUUACAUUUCUUUAUGCUGUUUAUUGAUGGCAUAGAAUUUCAUAUAAUGAAGAAUUUUAAUUUGUUAUAAA